AUGUUCCGGGAAUCCUCGAGGCUUUGGUUUGUUGAGGUUCUGAAGGACAUUUGCAAGGACAGGGACCGGGGAAUGCUCAGACUGCUGCUCAGGCUCUCGGACCCCUACCACCUCAAGUGUAUCUCGCUGCUGGUCCUCCACUGCCGCGGAGACAAUGACGACCCGUUCAUACGCUUCCUCCUGAGCGUUUACAGGAUUUCUACAGGCCAAGACGGGCGGUCGAGGCCUGCCGGUGGCUUGGGUCACUCAUCUGCGGCUCCCUGCGCUUUCAGGGCUGCAGAGGAGGACGAUAGGGACAUUCCGGCCUACAAGGUCUUUGGAAGGACGUUUCUGGCCGCCCUGGCGCCCCUCGUCCUGCACACUUACAUCACGCGCUUCAAGGGAGACGUCCGCAAGCUCCACCCGUGCCACAACAUGCUGGCGAUUCUCGAGGAUUUUCAAGGGAAAUGUGCAGGCGGCGCGUCUCUGGGUGUCUCCCUGAGCGCCUCCAUGGAGGAGGAUGAUUCCCUGCGCUGCAGAGGCGCUCCGUUCAAGGGGCUGCUCUGGAAGACGUUGACGCCGAUACAGAGGAGGAUCUCGUCCAGGGACAGCAUCGAGUCCAUUCUGGACUUUGUGACCCCUGAGGACAUUCAGGCGAACUUGGAGCUUGUGAAAUCGGUCGUCAGAGACGAGUCCUACAGGGAGAAUCCCGUGGACAACACCUCCGGGUUGGCGCAGGUAUUGCUCGGCAUAUCCUCGCUCUCCAUCCAAGCAAAUCGCACAGUCGACCUCUCGAACAUCCCAACCUCCAUCGCCCAGUUUUACCAUCAAAUUCCACCAGAGAAUAAACCCAUUCGAAGUGUAGUAAAGUCCGCCCUCAUUUACAUCCACAGGCUGAGGAACCGGGACCUGGAGCACAAGGUCUCCAGGAAGAAGAUUGCGAGGGAGAUUAAAAGGAAUGUUCAGAGUCCAAAGAAGGAAAGGGAGGAGACCAAGGUGCUGGAAAAUGAAAAAGUGGAGAACUGGUACCCGUGUGACAUUGGGAUAUCGGAUCUCUUCCUCAAGUGCAUGCUCGCAUUUGAAGAGUACUUUCCAGUCUUUAACAAAGUGUGCGACGCAGACUCGCAUGCCAAUGUCAAGGUCUACGGCUUGGCCGAAAAGAGUCUGUCCCUGGCCGCCAAGUUGCUUCGGAAGGUUAGCAGGCACCACUCCCUCGGCUGUAGCGGUCCCAUACGCACAAGCGCCCCGAAAUUCGUCUACGACUGCUUUAUAGACCUCGUCUACUCGACCUUUGGCAUGAAGUUGAUGCCUAUUAGUCCCAGAAACAUUACCCUAAAUGGCAUGCAUGCAGCGAGCAUUGUGGCGGAUCACAUUUGCAAGAACCAUACUUACGAGCGGAUCAAAGAGUUUAGAAACAUUGACAUUUCUGACCUCCUUACGGUAAACACCUUUAUAGACGCAAUGAAUACAUACGAUAAGCGCAUUUUCAUAACGGAAGAUUUGGCACUCGUGGUGCUCAAGGUCCACGCAAUCGUCUUUAAAAUCAUCUUCACCAACCUAAACACACUCGCAGAGAUGGACAAGAAAAUUGUGGAAGCCCUCAAUGAGAGAAGAAGAUAUGACCAUGGCAAAAUUUGCAAAAAGCUGAAGAUCUGGUACGAAAAGGGGGAAUGUCUAAAACCCAUUUACGCACGCUACGUCCCAGAGUAUUUCAUAUACGCCAAGACACACGAAACAUUCCGAGUAUGCCGAGAAAGGUUCUCCCUUGAACUCUUUCCCAAGGCCAACUAUUUAAUCAUAUCGCACAUGGACCGCUUGGAACACAAACCUGUUCCUAUAUCCACACACCCACUCUACUAG